AUGCUUAAAAAGAAGACGUUGGCUCCGUCCCUCUUCUUCCGGAACCACACUCCUCACACUCCUACCGCAACCCCCGAAUUGUCCCCCACCUCCUCAGACAGCGACUCCGAAGAGGAUAUGGAAUCGUCUGGCUCCCGGCCAGCCAGCCUAGCUAUCUCGUCGGGGGCCUUCUCUAUGCGCCCGACGCUCGACGAGAAUCAUUGUCUCGAGACCUUGGAAUUCACCAUGGAAGCCAACCGAUACCGGGAUUCCUACUACGCUCUGGCCGAACGACUUGGUGUCCCCGCUUUGGAAUCGGAUUGCCCCGAAUCUCAGCACCUGCGAAUGCUCUGGAAACGCCUAUUGACUGCAUACAUCUUCCCGGGGUCGCCGCGAGAGAUCAACCUGUCGAGCGAGGUCCGAGAUGCGCUCCUGCAGUACAAGAAUGUGUCUGCACCGCCCGUGCCAGAGACGUUAGAUUCCGCCGUGAAACGCAUCCAUGACUUGAUGGAGGAAUCCAUAUUUCUUCCCUUUGUCAACAGUCACACCACCUCCCCCUCAAUGGGGCCCUCCGAACCCUUCAUGGGGCCCGACGACUUCAUGAGUCUAUCAUCGACGAGUCUUGACGAGCACCCAAUGAAAAGAGUCCGGUCGCGCGUGUCGAAGCGCACCUCCCCGCAGUCGUCUACCAAGGAUCUUCCCGCAACGGGUCACAACCGCUCAACCAUGUCCCUCGGCGCCGUGCAUGCUAUCGGCAAACGCACUUCCGGCGCCCUUGUCAGCACCAGCGGCGAGUCGGCUUACCUGUCUCUGACCGAUGACUCUGGAUCUCCGCAGUCCAGUCCCACCGCCGAAGAGCCCAUGACGCCGCCCACCACCCCGCCUGCCAGCGAGCCGCAUCUGCCCAUGCAAAGUCCCAGGCUUCGCACCGAGAACCCUUGGAAGAAGAUGGGUAUGAAGCUUGGCUUUAAGAAGCGUUCCACUGGAGGCAGCAGUGGUGGCACUCGCGAUCCUAAGAUUCUUGGUCUUGACGACUAA